AUGUCGCGGGAAGAAACGGUCACCAUUGAUUAUUGGAAGGAGCCUGAAUUCAAUGAGGAUGACGUGAAAGGUCCGUUUUUCGAAGAGUCUUCGUUUCAAGUUGUUUUCCCUGAGACCCGAGCUAAAUAUAUCCAGCAGACAUGGGACACUAUCAGUGCAAAGUUGAGUGAGUUCCGGUUGAAGGGUGAUUUGGACUUGGUUGAGAAGACGAUGACUGUGAGUACGAC